AAGACUAAAUAAAAUAUAAUACGAUUUCUCACUCAACCGAUCUAAUUCUCAGAAUUGGUGAUAUUUAUUUGGAGAAGAAGAAUUAUUAGUUUUUCAAUAAAGAGGUAAUUGACUAAAGAACAAAAGAGAGAGUGAGAGAGAAAUAUGGAAGGGAAAGAAGUAAUGGGAUGUUAAUGGGGACAUUAAAUAGAAGGAAACAGUAGACUUUCCUUCCUUCCUUCUUUCUUUUUCCUUUCUGUCCCCACUCUACAACACAACUACACCCUCCAUCCAUCACCUUCGUAUUUUUAUUUAUUUAACACUUUCUUUCUUAUACGCUCCCUCUCUCUCUCUCUCUCUCUCUCUCUCUCUCUCUCACAGAUCCAUUGCUUCUUCUACUUCAUCCAAACACCUCCUUUUUUCAGGGUUAGUAGUUGCUCUGGAAAAUGGCUGCAUCUGGGGUUAAUUCUAGCAAGCAAAUGAAGAGGUUGGAAUCAAGGAAGUCACAUUCUUGGUGGUGGGAUAGUCAUAUUAGUCCUAAGAAUUCUAAAUGGCUUUUUGAAAAUCUUGAAGAGAUGGACCGGAAUAUAAAACGAAUGUUGAAGCUGAUCGAAGAGGAUGCAGAUUCAUUCGCCAGAAAAGCUGAAAUGUAUUACAAGAAGAGGCCAGAAUUGGUUGCUUUGGUUGAGGAGUUCUACCGUGGUUACCGAUCAUUGGCCGAACGUUAUGAUCAUGUGACUGGAGAAUUGCGGAAGAAUGUACAAUCUGAUAUCCAAUCUCAAGGCUCAGGUUUUUCAGACACGGGCUCUGAACCGUCCUCGAAUUUGCCCUCUCUAAAUGUGGCCCAACGUAAAUCUACUAACCGAGCUGCUGGGUUUGAUUUCUUUCUUGGAUCUGGUGGAAAUGUGUCUGAUAUAAACCAAAAAGACGGAGAUGAGACCUCGACCAUGACAGAUUCUGAUGAGGAAUCUGAUGAUUCAUCGGUCAAUAAUUAUUCAGCUUUCUCGCGGAAUGGUAGUGAUCCAGGGAUGAACAGAAGAAUAACUGAGUUGGAAAAUGAACUCCGUGAGGUAAAAGAAAAGCUAUGGACACAAGAAGGAGAACAUUCCGAGGUUUCAUCCAGCGGAACAAGAAUUGAGAAUGCCGAUGAUGUCUAUGUCAAAAUUAAUGCAUAUGAACAAGAACUGAUGACUGCUAACGUAAAGUUAAGACUAUCAGAAGAAGAAAUCACUAAACUAAAGACUGAACUCAAAAACUUCAGAUACUUGGAUUCAGAAAAUAUCAAUGCCGGUGUUGAAUUAUCAUCAACUAAAGAUGAAGCCGUGGAACUCAAGGAAGUUGAGGUUGAAGAAAACAUUGAUGGUGCAUAUAAGGAAUUGUUUGAGCCAAGUAGUGAAACUGCGUCACUCACGGAGGAGCUUCGAAUCACCAAAGAAAAUCUCAAGGCUUCCGAAACGCAAGUUGCUUCACUGAAAAUCGAGGUAAAUAAAUCCUCGGAAAGAAUUCAGCAGCUGCAGGAUCAACUUGACUCAGCUCGAAAGGACAUUUCUACUUGGAAAACCAAAUUCAACAGCGAGAAAAGAGAGAGCACCAAACUCCAAGAAAGACUUGCUAGGUUAAAGACUAGUUUAUCGGACAGGGAUCAUGAAAUCAGGGACUUGAAAACAGCUGUAUCGGAUGCUGAGCAGAAAAUCUUCCCUGAGAAAGCUAAUUUGAAGUCUGAAAUGUCGAAGUUGUUGGAGGAACAGACACAUUUAAAAGAGCUGAUCAGAGAAUGGGAAUGUCGUGGUCGAUCUUUUGAAGAGGAGAUCAGAAAUAUUCAAUCUGAAAAGAUAGAGAUUGAGGCAGAAUUGAAAAAUAGAAUCGAGUUGCUAAAAGCAGAAAUUGAGCAGAGAGAGAACAACAUAAAAGAACUCAAUGUAAGCUUUGACACCUUGAAAUUAGAGAGAGAUAAUCUCAAUGUAGAAAUAGGUUCACUCAAGGUAGAUGUAAACUCGAGAGACAGUAGGGUUGAAAGUCUCGACCGCCAUUUGAACGAAUUACAUAUGGAACAUGUCCAACUGAUUACUGGAAUGGAAGAAGCACAUAGACAAAUAGAAGAGAUGAAAACAACAGCUAAGGAACUCGAGGAACAGGUCGAGAGGCAAAAAAUGGAGAUCUCAGAAGCAGCGGAAGAAAAGCGUGAGGCAAUUCGGCAACUAUGUUUCUCACUUGAACACUAUAGAAAUAACUAUCAUAUGCUUAAGCAGCAUUUUAUAGGGCAUAAGAGGGCUCCAAUUUUGGCUGCAUAAUUAGCAUAAAUCUGAAAUGUGAGUUUGUAUAUUGUUGCCAUGUUUAGUUCUUUGUAUUGAUAUGUCUUUCAUCUAUAUGAGUCAAAAGGUCAUGAAUUCUGAGAAGUAAUAACUGUUAACCAUGUUUUCAUGGUUUAAUUUGUAUCUUAUGGUCUUUAUGGAUACAUAAGAUUCAGAUUUCUUAUAAUGCUAUGCUACUUAGCUGAAUUGAUCAAAGUUAGAAGCUGGUUAUGGAUAUAUGGCAAGCUUGAAAAGACAUCAAUAUCCCUUGUAUUAUGUUCUGAUCUCUUUAGAAAUCAAGGACUUUCUGUUCAAGUAAGGUCGUAUCCCUUGCAUUAUGUUUACUUUAUUGUAAAGUGGGGUACUCCACUGCCCCUUGUCUCACAUCUUUUAAAUUUUUUGCUUUUUCUGAGAAAAAAAAAAAAAAACACUUAGGUUGAUGUGAAUGGUUGCACAAAAUUUUUCAUGUUCAGUUUGCAUUUUGGCUUUUUCUUAUAAUGGAAAAAUAAUCCUCUUGUGUGUGAAUGUUGUUUCAA